AUCUCCCAUCUCCGUGACGUUUGGGAUCAUGCUGCAACGCUUUCAACACAACGUCCACCAUGGCAUGCACGUUCAACCCUUCCCUUGUCGUCGACAUGGAGAAAGAGAAAGAGUGGGCUGCCAACCUGGGUAUGAUGGACUGGGAUACCACCAACAUUGUCUUUACGAAGCGCUCCUUACUGGAAUUUCUCAAAUAUGCGGGUGUCACUGUUGAUCCCAACUUCACAAAGAUACAAAAACUUCCAAAGUAUGCGCGCUUUGGGAAGCUGUCCUCAGCUCCUGCCGAAGGGCCGAGCGAACCGCCUCCCCCCAUUGCUGCUGAAGCAUCUCCAGCCGCUGUCGUCGUACAUGCGCAGUCAACCCAGCCCGCGUUUCGGCCAACCCGACGGGUUCGCACCGCUCCCGGCGGUAUCACACACGACAUCUUCGGCGUCCAUGACAAUGGAGACCCACUCGCGAGCGCCCCUCCCCGUCAUGAACCAGUUUCGCCUCCCGCCAUCGAGAAGACUCAGCCUGAGCAACUCCCGCAGGCAGAGAAUACUUAUACCGCUGUGGAAGAUACGACUCCGGCGAGGGCUAGGAGCAAGCGUUCCACCUCCGGCGUGGGCAGCUUCUGGGGAGACGAUGCAGAUGAAACUCCGCAGUUCAAGCCGACGCGUCGCGUAAGAGAGACGCCAGGCGGCAAAGACAAUAUCUCGUCUUUGUUCUGAACCCUGGAUGGGCACAUACAGAUUUCGCCAAUUAGCGAUGGAUUUUCUUGGUGUUUCUGCGAAAUAGCUGUAAUCAAGCAAACUGGCGGAUGUCAGGCAUGUCGACAGCACUGUACAUACAUAUUAAAUGUACAAGAUGUAUAGGAAUGCGCUCACUUGGUACAAUAGUCGAGUGUACUUCUGCGACAUGGGAGAAUUUUUAAAAAAAAC